GACCCAUCCAAGUGCCCCUGUAUACGAACCCAGCCAUCAAUUGACCUCCCGUAUAACUAGUAUAGCAACCAUGCCCAAAGUUCUCUUGAGUGGAGGUAGCGGCUUCAUUGCUGCUCACAUUGUCGACAUCCUGCUCGCGCAUGGCUUCGACACCGUGGUCACCGUGAGGUCCGAGGAGAAGGGCCAAAGGAUUCUAGAGGCUCAUCCAAAUACGCCAAAAGAAAAGCUUUCCUACGUUAUUGUUAAGGAUGUCGCAGCAGAGGGUGCCUUUGAUGAAGCCGUCAAAUCUGACCCGCCAUUCGACUAUGUCCUGCAUACUGCAUCGCCCUUUCACCACAAUGUUCAAGAUCCAGUGAAAGACUUUUUGGACCCCGCCAUCAAGGGAACAACCGGUAUACUGAAGGCAAUCAAGGCAUAUGCUCCAACGGUGAAGAGAGUCGUUAUCACUUCUUCAUUCGCAGCGAUUGUCAAUGGCAAGAAGCAUGCCGAAUCGUACAGCGAGAAGAAUUGGAACCCGGUAACUUGGGAGGAAGCCUUGAUCUCCUCUAAUACCUACCGUGCGAGCAAGACUUUUGCAGAAAAAGCAGCCUGGGACUUUGUAGAGAAGGAGAAGCCGAACUUCGAUAUUGCAACUAUCAACCCGCCCUUUGUUUUUGGGCCAGUUGUGCAUUACCUGAACUCAUUGGACGCCAUCAACACUUCGAACCAGAAAGUUCGUGACGUAAUUCAGGGAAAGUGGAAGGACGCCAUUCCUCCAUCCUUCACAUUCCUCUGGGUAGAUGUGCGCGAUGUUGCACUUGCGCACGUCAGGGCUAUCGAGGUCCCAGAGGCCGGUGGCCAGCGUUUCUUUGUCACCGCCGGUUAUUACACAAACAAAGAGAUUGCAGACGUGGUCAGAGAAUCGCUGCCCGAACUUGAAGAUAAAUUGCCCUCGAAGGACAUUCCGAGUGAUUUUCCGGCGGACAUCUACGGCUACGACAACAAGAGAUCCGUUGAUGUUCUGGGCAUCCAAUACCGGACGUUGAAAGAGUCCAUUGCUGACACGGCUAAGUCACUGUUGUCCAUUGGCGUCUGAUGUAAUGUAUGGUUGGAUAUUAUAUGUACAUAUCUAGAACAAAUCGGACCAGGAAGAAAGAUAUAGAUAGGAUGGAAAUGAUAAUAGAAAAUGCAGUGCU